AGUGUAUAAAAACGCGGGGAAAAGAUCGCUUUUAUUGACUUAUUGACUGAAAUAUUAGAGCUUCAUUAAAGAUACUACUAAAGAUAAUAUGGACGAUUGGUUUUACAAGGAAAAGGUUGGGUUAGUUACGUUACGAUUACUAUAAAAUAAUAAGGGAGAGUAUUAAUGUUAAUUUUAAAGUUAUCGUUCGUAACCAACCAUUAUUUUUUUUAUAGUAUUUUCAUUGUAGCUAACCUAACCUAAUCUAACCUAACUAACCUUCCACAAUAUUUAAAGUAUUUUUAAUGUAACUAACCUAACUAAAUCGCUUUUUGUCACGAUAUCGCCAAUAUUUAAUAUUUAAACCAAACCUGAAAACUCAUUACGAUGAUAAAUUAGUAACAUUUUGGAAUUUUUAUUUUAUAUUCAGAAAAGUGAUUUUUCUUCAGCAUUGCUAAUGAUUAAGCCAAAAUAAUAAAACUUUUUACCAAAUACAGCACAUGGCAAAUUUAACAUUCUUAUUCUCGACAAGUUUUUCAGUAGAGAAAAAAACCGAACAUGCACGAACGCGGCCUCGUAAUGGACUUGUGUGAAUCCUGGGUUUCGUAUAUCAUUCACCCGUAGGUAAACAUAAACUGAAGUUGAAGCUAGUUGUCAGUCACGCAGAGUACUCGCAAAGUAUCAGUGAGAGUAGUAGAUGUUUUAUAUGUUUUUUAAUCUGAGAAGGAUGUGCAUAAGCUUGUGCGGGAAAUAAUUUUAAUUUAUCAAUGAAAUAUUUUAACGUAUGAAUUGGAGGAGUGUUCCAGGUUCAUUGAAAUGUCGGAGAGAUUUCACAAGGCUGCCCGGGACGGCAACCUGGACAUCCUGCGCGAGGCCACGAGGAGGGACUGCAACGCGCGCGACGAAGACGGCAUGACGCCGACCCUGUGGGCCUCCUUCGAGGGCAACCUGGAGGCGCUGCGACUCCUGGCCGGCCGGGGUGGUGACGUGGACAAGGCUGACAACUUUGGGAACACUGCACUUCACUUUGCCGCCGCGAGGGGCCACAUGAACUGCGUCACGUUCCUGGCCAACUUCGGGGCGAACCUGUGGGCGAUGGACAUAGACUUCCACACCCCCACGGAGCUGGCAGCCAUGAACAACCGCGAGGACAUUCUGCGCUUCCUGGACAGCGUGGUGGCCAAGGAGGAGACGAGCAACAAGAAAGGCGCACGUUCAAUGAAAGAAAAAGCUCAGAAAGAUGCAAAGAAGAGAAGCAAAGAGUUUGAAAAAUUGAAGAAAAAGGCAGAGAAACAGGCAAAAAAGGAACAUGAGAAUCAGAAGAAACAGAGGGAGAAGAUGGCUAUCCCAGAGAGCCAAAUCAACAUUAUGCCACACAGGCCGUCCAACGUAUUGACGGCCCUGAAGAUCGGCAACAAGGGAGCCUUCACAGGGCCCGCGGGGUCAGUCAGCCGGCACUUCUCGGAGAUCGUGAGCUCGGGCACUGCAACGACGGGUGGUACCACGAACCGCAGGACCAUCACUUCCAACAUCCAGAAGAAGCUCAACCAGAAGAAGUUGAAAAACCAGACUGGUAGUGUGCAGAACCUAGGAGACUUCAAAGUCAGGGAGGUAGAGGAUGGUAAGCAGUCUGUGCGGAGUCUGACUGGUCUGCGACGAGAUUCAGAGAUUCUGUAUGUUGGCACCUAUGACAACCAGGGAGGAGGCAAGCGUGGGAAGAUCGCAGAUGUAUUUGAGACGAAUGGAGAGCUGACACGCUCCGUGUCAGAGCCAGAAUUCCUGCACAACCCAGACAGUGGCUUUGGUGAGGAAGUUCUUCUUCACGAACCCGCCAGUAUGUUCGAUAGACCGGGUUUCGGCAGCGUCGUGUUCAGAAACAGCAUUACAGCCACACUGAGUGCCCUGCCCAAGGUCGACAAGGAAGACAAGGAUAGCGCAGUGGCCUCGAGCGACGCGCGAGGGGGCAGCGGCAACGAGGACUGCAGCAUCGGCAGUGCUGGCAGUCUGGCACACCGCAACGGUGCCUUACCGUGGGACUCUGAGGAUGUCGAGAGUGAUGAAGGCAGUGACGCUGAGUGGUCGCCUCUUCAGUUGUUCCUGGUUUCAGCAGGAUUGGGUGAAUAUGUCACUCGGUUCGUGAAUGAGGAGAUAGACUUGGAAGCGCUAGUGCUCCUGACAGACAAGGACUUUGAGAAGAUGGGUAUCCCCAUUGGGCCUAAAAGGAAGUUGAUGGCCGCGAUAGAGAGGAGGAAGGCUGCCCUAGCAGACCCGGGCGAAGUGGCAGACAGUCGCCUUUAGCAGCUCAUGUGCCGAUGUGCUAACGUUACAGUGUGGCUUUACACAGUGCAGUAGUGCCUACAGAUAUGCAUUGUGUUUACUUGGCCAGUCAACAUGAAGGAUGAGUACAAAACAGAUUACUGUUAAAUUGUCCAGUCUUUAAAUAAAUAAUAAUAAUAACCUGUACAGUGAAA